ACACCUCGUCCAACUGGGUCUUUUUCUCUGAUGAAGGACCCUGAAUGUUUAAAAUCCUCCACCAAGCUCCUAAUGACACAAUGUGUAUUUAUAUAUAUAUAUAUAUAUAUAUAUAUAUAUAUUUAUAUAAAAAGCAACAUAAACACAGACGGUAUUUGAUCUUAAAUAAAGAGCCAGACUGAAUGUGCUCAUUCUCCGGGGACAUUUCGCGCAUGCGCAGUCGGGUCCGCGUCGUCGUCCGGCCACCACAUCACUUCCGGGUUCGAGUCGGUUCUGUUUACAUCGGGUGGGAAACGGGAACGAGCACGUUUCCGUUUGUUCGGGUCACUCACGAGCCUCUGGGUCGGAACGUCCCGUCGUGCUCGCGGCGGCUCGUCUGUCGUCGUGGUGUUGUUGUUGUUGUUGUUGUUGUGAAACAUGUCUCCGGCCGCCAGCUUCCCCGCGCAGCUCGCUUCCAUCAUGGAGGCGCUGGCCAACGCCGCCGUGGCGGAGAUCUGCGCGCUGGUGGACGGCGGCUACGCGGCGCUGCAGCUCGAGAUCUCCCGCAGCCGCCGAGAGAACGAGGCGCUGAGGAGGAAGCUGCGGGCCGCCCGGACCACCGGACCCGGGCUCCGGCCCACGGGACCCGGCAUCCGGGCCACCGGACCCGGGCUCCGGAACACGGGACCCGGCAUCCGGGCCACCGGACCCGGGCCCAGGAGACGCGGAUCCCCGGGAGGCGAGGUGGUGCGCUCCACGCCGUCCCACCAGGAGACUCCACGGUGCCCAGACUCUGGACAAGAAGCCCCACCGGGGACGAGAGAGACGACCACGCUGACGGACGCAGUGAUCAAGGUGGAGGACGAGGAGGAGGAGUCCUGGUCCCGCCCCCAGCAGGACGAAGACUUUUGCCAGGUGGUUGAUGAGCAGGUGCUGGAGACACAAGCCCCGCCCCCGCUGACCAAACAGGAAGUAGCGGACAAUGGCGUCGGUUCGUCUCGGACCUGGACGAGCGCGGACGUUAGUUUAAACGCCGCAUCCGCCCAAACAAACAGCGGCGGCUACGACUGCCUGAUGUACGAGCCGCCGGUCCAACACGCCCUCGUUACCCAGAAUCCUUUGAGUGAGGAUCCCGGCUACGCCUACACGCUGAACGCCGGCGCCAGUGUUUCCGCUGCGUCUGACUCCGUCAUCGGCGCUGACGACGACGACGACGACGGCGGCUUCACCUUCACCGUCACCGAAGUGGUGAGUCUGGCGGCGGGGGCGGAGCACCAGCACCGCGCCGGUCUCCACGGCAACCAGCCAGGAGCGCCGCUACCGGCCACGAACCCUCGGCUUCCCGCGGGGAGGGAGUCGACGGAGCGGCUCCACGCUCGCGAGCGAAGGGACAGGUGGAGGACGCAGGACGGCGGCGCCAAGACCUUUAGCUGCAACUUCUGCGGGAAGACUCUGGCCUGCCUGAAGAACCUGAAGACCCACAUGAGGGUCCACACGGGCGAGAAGCCCUUCGUCUGCGCGCUCUGCGGGAAGCGCUUCGCCGACUCCAGCAACCUGAAGCGCCACCAGAGCGUCCACACCGGCGAGAAGCGCUACGGCUGCGUCCACUGCGGGAAGCGCUUCGCCCAGUCGGGGUCGCUGAAGGUGCACAUGACCGUGCACACGGACUGCAAGCAGUUCAGGUGCACCUACUGCGGCAAGACCUUCAUCUCCGGCAGCCACCUGCGGCGCCACGUCGCCAUGCACGCCGGCGAGAGGACGUUCCACUGACCAGACCGAAUGACCGCUGUCUAAAAAUACAACGGACGUUUUCCACCGUGUUCACUUCUUGUCAACAUCAUCUGGGCUCGAGGUUUUUACCAGAGAACUUCUGACCUGCUCUCCAUCCUGACGCCUCCGUGGGACCUGUGACCCUUUAUGGUUGUUCACCCUGAACAAGAGGCAGAGCAGCUGGUCCCGACUGCAUCAAGCAACUGCAAAACCUCAACGUAGCGCACUUCAAACAUGUUCAAUUAUCAAACGUAAUUUACCUGCAUUCGAUUGAUCUUUUCCAGUAUCAGUGCAUUAGAAUCUAGUAUAUUUUUCUGUUUGUACUCCCCGACGUAGAGGAACCUUUUCUAGUGUUUUCUAUAAGUAUUAAAUGCUCACCCUCCCUUCUAGAACGUGCAGGAGUUCCAUGUGGACCAAAUCCACUCAGCAGGUGUCUUCACUGACAACUUCCUGUCCUCCACCUGGGUGGGCGGAGUCAUCGGUGGGCGGAGUUGUUUUCUUAAUAAAAUGUGCGUGUUUGAAAUAGUUUGCGCUCUCUCAGCUGUUUGAGUGUAAACAGUUCGCCAUGUUUACAUUUUGAGAUGCAUUGAGGUUUUAUUUUAUUAUUUAUUGUCAUUUAAUAAAAGGUGAUUUGUUAAUUCUUCA